UGCGCGCAUGUGCCGCGCCCGCACUCCCCCCGCGCGGCCGUUCGGAGCGGGGAACGAUGAAGGACCGCACCGGGGAGCUGCGCGCCGCGAAGGACAGUGAUGACGAUGACGAAGUCACCGUCAGUGUGGACAGGGACCGCUUCAUGGACGAGUUCUUUGAACAGGUGGAAGAAAUACGAGGGUUCAUCGAUAAAAUCUCAGAGAACGUGGAGGAAGUGAAGAGGAAGCAUAGUGCCAUUCUUGCUUCACCCAACCCUGAUGAGAAAACAAAGGAGGAGCUGGAAGAGCUCAUGUCAGACAUCAAAAAGACAGCGAACAAAGUGCGCUCCAAGCUAAAGAGUAUUGAGCAGAGUAUCGAACAAGAGGAAGGACUGAACAGGUCAUCUGCCGACCUGAGGAUAAGGAAAACUCAGCACUCGACGCUGUCACGCAAGUUUGUGGAGGUGAUGUCUGAAUACAACGCCACGCAGACCGACUACCGGGAGCGCUGCAAGGGCAGGAUCCAGCGGCAGCUGGAGAUCACUGGCAGGACCACCACCAGCGAGGAGCUGGAGGACAUGCUGGAGAGCGGCAACCCAGCCAUCUUCUCCUCUGGGAUCAUUAUGGAUUCCAACAUCACCAAGCAGGCUCUGAACGAGAUUGAGACGCGACACAGUGAGAUCAUCAAACUGGAGAACAGCAUCCGAGAGCUGCAUGACAUGUUCAUGGACAUGGCCAUGCUAGUGGAAAGCCAGGGUGAGAUGAUCGACCGCAUCGAGUACAACGUGGAACACUCUGUGGACUACGUGGAGCGAGCUGUGUCUGACACCAAAAAAGCGGUGAAGUACCAGAGCAAAGCCAGACGGAAGAAGAUCAUGAUCAUCAUCUGCUGCGUGAUCCUGGGUAUCGUCAUCGCCUCCACCUUUGGCGGCAUUUUCGGCUAGACUCCCCCGACAGGACUGCUUGCGUGUGACGGACGGAGCCGCGCGUGUUGUGGGGCCGGAGCGAGCCAUGCAGCCCCGGAGCCCCCAGCAGCAUUUCAGUUUCUAAUGCAUGGUUGUUUGUGAUGCUGUGUGUGCGGUGCAUCUGUGUGGAGGGAGCGCCGGCCCCGGGGCGCAGAUGGGGUGCAGGGGACGGUGAUGGGUGUGAGGGGGACCUUCGGGGCAACCCGAGCUCUCAUCACUGCUUGGCCUGGGAGGCUGCCGGGAGUGGGGGAACAGAGGUACUGUUGGGCACUGUGCUGGGCCAGGAGCCUGUCGGUGACACCCAGAGAUGAGACUAGCGUGGGGUGUUACAGGCUCCUCAGGAACACAGAGUCCAGGCAGCCUCCCCCUAGCUUUUCCCAUCAGCUCCGGCCAAAGCUCUCAUGUCUGUCAGCCGCAUCUGUGCUUGCAAACCACUUUCAUUAGGCUGCUUCUCCUACGGGGUGCUUCCCAGGCCCUCCAUCCCUGCUGCCCUGCUGCAGGUGCCCGGUGCUGCUGCUGGGUGUGCUGCUGCUGCCAGUGGGUGCUGCGUGGUGAGUGGCUCUGUUCCAGCCCUGCCCAAUGGAGCAGCAUGGGGUCCAUUGCUGAAGCCUGGGGAUGGGGACAGCUGCAUGGGCUCAGUGCUGUGGCCCAGCACCAGGCUGGCAGAGCAAAAGGUCACAGGGACUUUAAGGGCAGCGAGUUUCACUGGCUGCCUGCCCUGCUCCACAUCUUCCUUGUUCUUUACUCAGCUCCGGCGCACAGUGACCCUGGGUUUUACCACCCCCAGGCCUGGCUCUGGUUGUCAGUGUUUGGGAAUAGCUUGGACACCCACAGCCCCGGUGGUGCCCCCUGGGAGCCAGGAUGUGCCCAGCACUGCCCCUCCACACAGCGCCCUCGGGCUGGGGGUUGGAGGCAGGAGGGCUUGCUCCUGCCACAGUCCCAGGGAGCAGCCCUUGUUGCAUCCACCCCCACAAACUAGGAGCAGCAGCCUUCCUCCUCCUCUUCCUCUUCCUCUGUGCCACCAACUCCUGAGUAGGGCAAUGCCUGACUGCUCCUUCCAACUCCGCCACAUCCUAGCAUCUGCCUGCCACCUUCUUCUGGGACAGUGCCACGCUGCCUGCCCUUCUCCAGGCCACCCAGUGAGACAUCCACACACUGUGGGUUGCAGCCAUGUGCUGCCCGCUGCAGGUGACCUGAGACUGCUGCAGCAGAGAGGCCUGCAUUGCCACCGGGCUGUCAUCCCUGUGCUCCUGCCUCAAGAUGGUUGCAGGACUCUGCCCUUGUGUUCCUCAGGGGACUGCAGUGCUGUGGCUUGCUCACAAAGUGCCAAAGCACUGUGCAGGAGCCUGAGCAGGGCAGGUGCGUGGUGCCAAGCUUGCAGUCAUGCACUGGGGUGGAAGUUGGAUGUGAGCCCAGGCACUGAUAGCAGAAAAGGGUCACUGUGGCAGCACACACAGCUGCAGGCAGAAUGCUGUUUCCCCACUCCAACCAGGGCCAGAUGAGUGCAUCCAGCCUCCACAUUCCCCAAGGGCUGAGGGGCUUGAGCUACAAGGCAGGGUAAGGGCAGGCCUUGCUGGAGCUGAGCCCUGCUCCCACCCAGCUCCAUCCAGUGCUGGCACCAGCCUUGCACAGCAUGCUUUCAGAAGGAGAGUGCAGACUAGAAUGCAGUGCUCCCUGCCACCAUCACCAAAGGUCCCACCAUGCGGCCCCUGCUUGCAUUUGGCUGCUGACGGGGAGUGUGUCCAGCUGUGGCUGUCAGACAUCCAAGACUGGAGCCUCCUUCUUUCACAUUCCUGUGGUGACCGGUGUGAGCUCCAGUGCUGCAGGCUGUGUGGGCACGAGGGUCUGGGGCACUGGGAUUGCUGCCAGCAGGGACAGGCUGGGUGUGAAGCUCCCCUCCAGUGUGGCGGUUGGGCAUGGGCACAGCCCUUGCUUUGUGGGCAUGUCUGGCUAUGGGGCACAGAGCUGGGGCUGACAUGCCCCACUGUGCAAAUGCCUGCUCCUGCAGUUUGCACACAGUGCCCUGUUGAGUGAGGGAGAGCACCAGGCCCCCAUGGGAAGCAAUAACACUACUGCUGGUAGCACCGCUCCUAGGCAGGCAGGCAAGAAAGUUCAUCUCAGGCUCUCCCCGUAGCAAUGCCCACUGCUAGCACAAGGGGAUACUUUUCUUCCAACAAGUGGUUCCUGUGGCACAAGCUCACAUAACAUCAGGGCUGCAGCCCGCCCCAGUAAAGGCACGAGGCCCAGAAUAGUGCUGAACAGCUGACGCUUGCUCCUUGUGAGCGCCGCCACUGCCGGCAGCAGAGCCGUGAUUCUGCCACUGGCGCUUCACUGGGUCUGCGCAGGCAGCAGUGGCCGCAGGCUCUGGCACGAGGGAGGCAGAGGAGCACGCUGCCAUUGCUGCCCCGCAGGCUGUCUCGUACUGCCCUCACUGUGAGGGGAGGGUGUUUUGGUGCAAUAAUUACCCCUGCACUACGGGAAGCCCCGUUCAGUUCCUUUUUACCUGCCUGUCAUUGCAUGUACAGACCAAAUCACCAACAGCGUGGUUGUGCUUUGGGGAAACAUUUCACUUUUUCUUUCUAACCUCCAACCUCAGCCCACUUGUCCUUUGGGUUCUACCACCUCUGUUCCAAGUGCCACCUGCCCCCCCAGCGCCGGGAGCAUGUUGAUGCAGUAUUUUACAAGCAGUGUGGGGCACACACAGCUUGCACUUGAACUGAGGAUUGUUUUGGGGUUUUUUUUCGGUUUUUUUUUAUUAUUUUUUUUUAGUAAGUAAUGUACUUGAAGGCUGUCCAAGCCCCCUGUGGAGUUGUACUGUUGCUGUACUGUGAGCUAAGUGUCCUUGUUUUCUAUGUGGAUCUUGACCCUGGCUUGCUCUGUCUCACUGGGCUGGAUGACACUGUAUUGUUGCCUCUUAUCUCCUUCACCCUUUCCCCCCUUUCCCACUCUGCUGGCCUGCCUUUCUUCUCCCAAAAGCUUUGGGUGCAAAACAGCUUCCCAUUUUGUGGAAUUUUUAUGUAGAAUAAACAUUUGUAACUGUA